AAAAUCCUAAGUCCCAACUUCAACUUGUUUAUCAGCAUUUUACUAUUGCGUGAUGUAUACAAAAGUGACAAAUGGAAAACGUUUAUUGUUGAGUUGUGAAUAUUAUUGAGUGAUGAUAUAAAUUGUCUCGUAGUUUGUUGUCGCAGAGUUGGACACGAUGGCUUUUUCGUUGAACAGUAAACUUUUAUUUUCCGCCAAAGCCAAUUUAGAGCGGCUAUUGAAUACUCAAAUGAAAUACACGAGUACAGCAGCACAUACCUUGAAAAUAGCCGAAAGAAUUAAACAAAAGCGAAACCAGGCAUUGCUGGGAGGAGGGCAGAAAAGAAUUGAUUCACAACACAAGAAGAAAAAAAUNCCAAUUGUAUUUACAUACAUAUAUUUUUUGUUCUUUCAUGAACAUUCAAUGUUUCUAGGGAACAAUACACAUUAUAUUAUGCCUUUGAAGUUUCCAGGUGAUUCCGUUAUAACAGGACAUGGUUUGGUAAAUGGAAGACCUGUUUACGUAUUUAGUCAAGACUUCACCGUUUUUGGUGGAAGUCUUUCCAGCGUUCACUCAAAGAAAAUAUGCAAAAUUAUGGACCAAGCUCUCUUAGUGGGUGCUCCCAUAGUGGGGUUGAACGAUUCAGGGGGUGCUAGAAUUCAGGAAGGAGUGGCCUCUCUUGCAGGAUAUGCCGAUAUUUUCCAAAGGAAUGUACUAGCCUCUGGUGUCAUACCACAGAUUUCUCUUAUAAUGGGUCCGUGUGCAGGGGGAGCAGUGUAUUCACCUGCAAUUACUGAUUUUACUUUCAUGGUUGAGGACACAUCAUAUCUUUUUAUCACUGGUCCAGAUGUGGUGAAGUCAGUUACCAAUGAAGAUGUUAGCCAACAAGAGCUGGGAGGAGCAAAGACUCACACCACCAUAUCAGGUGUAGCUCAUAAUUCCUUCAAUAAUGAUGUAGAUGCAUUGUUACAGUUGAGAAACUUCAUGGGAUUUCUUCCGCAGUCAAAUAAAUUUCCAGCUCCAAUCAGGGAGUGUAAUGAUCCUUGUAAUUUGGAUGUCCCAUCUCUUGAUACAAUCAUUCCAUCAUCUACGACCACUCCAUAUGACAUGCUGGAUGUUGUUCUGAGUAUUGUAGACGAGAGAGACUUUUUCGAAAUCAUGCCAAAAUAUGCUAAAAAUAUCAUAACAGGUUUUGCGAGAAUGAAUGGAAAGACAGUAGGAAUAGUAGGAAAUCAACCGAAAGUAGCAGCAGGUUGUUUAGAUAUAAAUGCGUCUGUUAAAGCUGCACGAUUUGUUAGAUUUUGUGAUGCCUUCAACAUUCCUAUUAUUACCCUAGUCGACGUUCCAGGCUUCCUUCCUGGAGUUACUCAAGAACAUUCCGGAAUCAUCCGCCAUGGAGCCAAGCUUUUAUAUGCUUACGCAGAAGCUACGGUUCCCAAACUUACUGUAAUCACAAGAAAGGGGUAUGGUGGCGCCUAUGAUGUGAUGUCUUCUAAACAUCUGAGAGGAGACAUUAACUACUGUUGGCCAUCAGCAGAAGUGGCUGUUAUGGGUGCCAAGGGAGCAGUAACUAUAUUGUUUAAAGGAAAACCAGAUUUACAACAAAGAGAGGCUGAAUAUAUUGAUAAAUUUGGAAGUCCCUUCCCUGCAGCUCAGAGAGGUUUUGUUGAUGACAUAAUUGAACCAAGGUCCACUAGAUGGAGGCUAUGCAGAGAUUUGGCCUUGUUGGAGACCAAAAAAUUGGAAAAUUAUCCGAGAAAACACGGAAAUAUUCCACUGUGAGAAAACUUUUUGAAAAAUAUAUAUUAUAAAGUUUCUA